CGAGAGCGCAGCCCCGUGAGCGCGGACGUAGGCAGCCCGCAGCCUUGCACGCACAGCCGCGGUGUGCCGCGCGAGCCGCCCUCGCUCCACCGGCGCCGCGACGCCUCGCCCGCCUCCCCUGCAAGAUGCCCCGCUCGUUCCUCGUCAAGAAGCAUUUCUCGGCCAGCAAGAAGCCCAAUUACAGCGAACUGGAGAGCCAGACGGUGAUUGUCUCUCCAUUCCUCUAUGAGAAGUACCCCCUGCCCAUCAUCCCCCAGCCGGAUCUCCUGAGUACGGGCCACUACUACCCUCCACUUGUAUGGGAUUCGGGGCUUCUCUCAAAUUUCUUCACCUCUGAGCCGGAGUACAAGAAAAGCACCGCUUCUCCCCCAAGCCCUGACUCCAAACCUCUGGACCUGACCUCCCUGUCCAGUGAAGAGGAGGAUGGCAAGACGACCUCUGACCCUCCCAGUCCAGCUUCAUCAGCCACCGAAGCAGAGAAAUUCCACUGCAGCCAAUGCAACAAGUCCUACUCGACUUUUGCCGGCCUUUCCAAGCACAGACAAUUGCACUGUGACUCCCAGGCCAGGAAAUCUUUCAGCUGUAAAUACUGCGAGAAGGAAUACGUGAGCCUGGGAGCCCUCAAGAUGCACAUCCGAAGCCAUACCCUGCCUUGCGUGUGCAAGAUUUGUGGCAAAGCUUUCUCCAGGCCUUGGCUCCUGCAGGGCCACAUCAGAACACACACGGGUGAAAAACCAUUUUCUUGUACACACUGCAACAGGGCCUUUGCUGACCGUUCGAACCUCCGUGCUCACCUGCAGACCCAUUCAGAUGUCAAGAAGUACCAGUGCAAAACCUGCUCCCGGACUUUCUCCCGAAUGUCACUCCUCCAUAAGCAUGAAGAAACGGGCUGCACGGGGACCCGCUGAGAGUCCCCUAGCAAUGCCACAGACUCCUCCAUGCAAAUACGUGUAUUGUAAUCUAGUGUCCGUAGGAAGAUAGUUUCCAUUGAAUUGAACUGCCAGGACAGCAUGUACCAAACUGUUAUUUUCCAGCUGUUUUGGGCCUUAAAGCACCGUACAUAAUACUUCUUUCUUUCUCCUUGAGGCAGUUUUAAAAGCCUGAUCCUCUUUCCCUCUUCCCCUGGCAGUGGCAGACUGUUUCUUGAUUCAGGCAAGUGCAGGAUUACAUUCUUCCUUCCCUGGCUGGCAUACAGAAUGACACAUGUGAGCGGAUGUUUUAUUAUGACUCUCCCACUGAAAGCUCUGUCUGGGGCCUGUCUAGAGCAGCGUUCCAUCUCCCAGUGGCAGCCAGCCAGAUGCCGCCGGAAACUUGCAGGUGGAGCACACAAGGUGAUGGCUACCUCUUCCCUCCCCCUUUCUUCUAGCAUCUGGUACUUUUGAGUCAUACCGCCAGUGACUAUACAGAUUCUGCUUGGACUUUGGUGUUUAACAAUAGCCAUGGGAUACCCCUAGCCUCUGGAUUUUCCUUAAAAGCCAUCUAAGCUAGUGGCCAUCUCCAUUUUGAUUACUUUAAAAAGAUUUUUUACAAGUGUAAGAAAGUUCAGGACUGAACCUCGCACCUAGCUGGCCUGAAGGAUCGCAGUAUUUUUGUUAUGGGGUGGGGUGGGGUUUUUUUGUGUUGGGGGGAGAAUAAUAGAUUCACCAUAGCUGUUGACCCUGAACUAAUGCCUCUAAGCAAAAGACAAAAGCAAAGUGUUAAACCCCCUUUAACUCUUUCUUUCUAUGCACCCCACCCGUGGAAGGUGUGACUAUGCAGUAAUACAGUAUUGCAUUAGUUCGGAGGCAGCUGUUUCUCCCACCAGCACAAUGAUAAUUUGCAAUGCCUCAAAGAUUAACAAUGUCUACAGAAGGCAUUGGGAAGCCGUUUCAAACCGACUCCUGUUUACAGAGCAGCUAUGCACUCAAGCACCUGUUAAUAUGACUUCUUUUAACAACUGCUUUUUCAAAAGAACUGUGACUAAUAGCAAGCACUUGUCAGGCGAUACAAUAGCGGCCUGUGCAGAGAGAGCUGCCCAUUUGACAGGUGUGUGCCAAAAGAGCUCUUUAUGGUUAUUGACAGGUGCUGAAUGCAUCUUUCUUUUGUACAUUGUUUCCACAUCAUAAACAAAACAAAAAAGGAAAAAAGAAAAGGAAAAGGGUAUGUUUACAUUUCAAAGGUACACUGGUAUUUAUAUAUUUUUGUGCCACAAUUUUAUACUGAUUUUAAACAUUUAUAUAUAUAAUUAUAUGCGAUUUAUUGAUAUUCAAUAAAAUGGUUAAUUUAUAA